AUGGAGUCCACCACGCAGUCCCCGAUCACCGUUAUCGUCAACAGCAUCAAGGGACAGGACAUAGCCUUCCCAGCGGCCAAAGAUGCUCCUCUUGCCUCGCUGUACGACACACUCUACGACCGGGCGCCAUGGAUCCAGAACUCAUCCUACAUCCUAACAACCAACUCGCGCCGCGCAGUCAGCCACGGCCCGGCACCCAUCUCAUCACUUCUCUCCUCGCCAGCGGAUACCUUUCUCUCCCUCCGUCUUACAGUACCGCUAUGUGGUGGCAAGGGUGGUUUUGGAUCCAUCCUGCGUGCCCAGGGCGGCCGCAUGUCCUCGCGCAAGAAGAAGCAGGGCGACGUAAACGGAUCCUCUCGAAACCUCGAUGGGCGACGGCUGCGCACUGUCGCUGAGGCCAAAGCGCUCGCUGAAUACCUCGCCAUCAAGCCGGAAAUGGAGCAGCGGGAGAAGGAGGAGCGACGGAAGAAGUGGGAGGACAUUGUUGCCAGCACAGAGCGGAAGCAGGACGAGUUGCAGAACAGCAGGGGAACAGCACGACUUGACGGCAAAUGGGUCGAGGAUAAGGAGGAAGCAGAGAAUAAGACACGAGAAGCUAUUGAGAAGAUGUUGAUGGCGCAGAGGGAAAGCUCAGAGGAAGACGACGAGGAAGAAGCUAAGCCUGCAGCUUCCGCGUCGAAUCCUACUCAGCAACGGGCCAUGUUUGGCUGGGACGAUGAAGAUGACGAGUUCAUGAGCGACAGUGACGACGAGGAAGACGUUUCAGAAGAGGAUGCCCAGCCACCCAACUUCGAGGGCAAAGGAAAGGCAAAGGCGACUUAA